ACCGUGGGAAUUGCGAGUGGGAGGGACGAUAUAAAAGAUGAGCGACUCGGGAAACUAGCAGAGUAGAAGAAUCGAUUUCGUGACAUAUCAUGUGGCGGUAUCGGACGAUCGGGCUGUGCGCCCUGCUGAUCCUCGGCAUCCACGCUCAAGAUGCGGAGACCAGAGCCAAGCGCAACGCAUACGCGUUUCAUGAUGGGCCAGAGAGAUUCGCGAAGUCUCUGGCUUUCGGAGGAUUAGGUGGAUUGGGAGGUGGAUUAGGAGGUGGAUUUGGCGGCGGAUUUGGAGGAGGAUUCGGUGGAGGUGGCGGCGGAGGUGGUGGAGGCGGAGGUGGCGGAGGAGGUGGUUACGGUAGCGGCGGAGGUUUUGGAGGUGGUAAAGGAGGUGGACAGGGUGGCGGAAGUGGAGACGGACUUGGAGGAGGGCUUGGAGGAGGAGGUGGCCUCGGAGGCGGAGGUGGCCUUGGUGGCGGAAGCGGAGGCGCAGGAGGACAUGGAGGUGGUUGUGGAUCUGUAGGAAUUUGUGGAGGUGGACUUGGUGGUGGAAACGGAGGUGGCCAUGGUGGUGGAAGCGGAGGCGGUCUUGGUGGCGGAAGUGGAGGAGCAGGAGGACAUGGAAGUGCAGGAGGACAUGGAGGUGGUUGUGGACCUGGAGGCUGUGGUGGCAGUGGAGGUUCUGGAGGCGGACUCGGAGGUGGAAGUGGACAUGGAGGUGGCCUUGGAGGCGGAAGUGGACACGGAGGUGGACUAGGAAGUGGAGCUGGUGGCGCAGGAGGAUAUGGUGGAUCUGGCGCCGGAGGUGGCGCUGGAGGCUAUGGAGGAUCUGGCGCCGGAGGUGGCGCUGGAGGUUAUGGUGGAUCUGGCGCCGGAGGUGGCGCUGGAGGUUACGGAGGAUCUGGCGCAGGAGGUGGUGCUGGAGGUGGUGCUGGAGGAUAUGGAGGAUCCGGCGCUGGAGGUGGUGCUGGAGGAUAUGGAGGAUCCGGCGCUGGAGGUGGCGCUGGCGGAGGACGAGGUGGCGGAGCAGGAUCAGGCGGUGUGACCAAGACUGGAGGAUACGGUACCGCUGGUGGUUAUGGAGGUGGAAGUGGCACUGGAGGUGGCCACGGAGGAGGUGCUGGUGGUGGACACGGUGGCGCUGGAGGUUAUGGAGGAUCUGGCGCAGGAGGUGGAGCUGGAGGUUAUGGAGGCGGUGGCGCUGGAGCUGGAGGUUAUGGAGGCGGUGGCGCUGGAGCAGGCGGUUACGGUGGCGCAGGUGGUGGUGGUGGUGGACGUGGUGGUGCUGGAGGUGGAUACGGAGGCGCUGGAGGUGGCGGAGCUGGUGGAUACGGAGGCGCAGGUGGCGGAGCUGGUGGAUACGGAGGCUCUGGAGGUGGCGCUGGUGGAUACGGAGGCUCUGGAGGUGGCGCUGGUGCUCCUGGUUGCUCUGGCGGUCCUGGCUGCAAAGGUGGAUACGCAGGAUCUAGCGCUUCUGCGAGUGCGAACGCAAACGCGAAUGCAAAUGCGAACGCUUUCGCUAGCGCGAGUGCAAGCUCCAAUGCUCGUGCUGGUGCAGGCGCUAGUGCGAUCGCAAAUGCAAAUGCCAAUGCUGGAUCUGAAGGACUCGGCGGACAUGGCGGUUAUGACGGUUAUGGAGGUCCAGGAGGCCACGGAGUCGACCUCUUCUCCCGUAUGGGUGACGUCGAGGAGGGCGAGAGCAAGAGCGGAACCGUGGACGGUGCCAAGGGUGUCUACAGCAGCAGCGCUGCCAACAUGGAUUCCUCCGGAAAGGGCACAUACAAAGUGUCUGCGGGCAAAAUAAAAUAAAUUGCCUUCCCCCAAAGAAAAUCAUCGAGAUUGCGGCGAACGCUGCGGAAUCAGUCGGCAUAUUUCCUUCCAAGUGGGAAACGAAACUUCAUCUGUGAUCGUCCAUAACGAAAUUUAUGUGAUUUAUACGUUUGUAAGCUUCGACACGACACGUUCAGAAUUUGUAGCUUGAUAAUUCCUUCUGUUCAUCCCUUUCCCUCGUUACUUUCGAUCGCGAAUAACAAUGGCGACGACUCUCGCGUGACUCUAACCCUCUACUUUAAAAACGCAGCUUUAGAGUAUAUAAAUUGUACAGUUUUAAUAAACGAUUUGUCGUCGUA